AUGAGUGAGUUCGCCAGACAGGCACACCCUGAUGCAGCCCACCGGGAACGGUUGGCGAGGGAGAUCCCUGGCUUGAGCCCUCGACAGGUGCAGGUUUGGUUUCAAAAUAGGAGAGCCAAACUGAAACGAAUGAGCAGUGAUGACCGAGAGCGUAUGAUGAAGUCGCGCGCGCUGCCAGAGGAAUUUCCAAUUCUUCAAACGUUGCAGUACGGAGGAGGAAGGAUGAUGGGGACUCCAAUUGCUUCGCCAACUGAAUACUCACCAACAGCUAGCAUGGCUUAUCGUACGGAUCCGCUGCGAAGGAGACACCUCGGAGAAGAUGAGGUUGUCGUAUCGCCCACAACACCGGGGUUUCCAGGGUUGUCGUUCACGCCUACAACUACCUCUGGCGACCUAUUAUCCCCUGCAUCCUCAACUGGAGAGCGGCCUUCUUUCCUCGGAUACAUGGCGGCGCCUCUCGGCCCUCAGCAGCAGCGAGGAAACCCUUUUUCAAGACCCAGGGAUCCGUUUAGGACGCACCCUAGCGUACCGCGGCUCCAACUACAGGAUAUCCCUAGAUCGAUGGCUGAAUCUGCCAGUUCACCUCUGAGAUCUAGCACCCCCUAUUCGGCAAAUACUAUUGACCACAGCGAGUACCAGCUAAGUCCUAGCACAUAUUCUAUGCAAGGAAUGUCAUUCAACGAACCGCCAAGAAGUGUCCCUCCAGAAACACCUCAAAGCCCUUUUGUGCACACCCCACAAGGUACAUAA